AUGGCCUCCUCCCCACCGGAAAACAGACCGUUGAACCCCAACGUCGUCUUCCGCCCCCUGACCCCUACGUCCCACCACUCGUCCGCCUCAUCUCACAACGGCGGCUCGGGCACGUACUCGCCCUUGAUCUUUCUAAAAUUUAUCAUCAACUCCGUCGCCCUCCUGCGCUUCAUCGCCGUCGCUCUCAGCCUCACCCUCGUCAUCCUCGAGUGGGACGGCCGGAGGCGGUACGAAAGCCUCUCCAAGGUCUUCAUAUUCCUGGCUACGCUGCAGCUGCUAUGGCUCACGUUCGCGCUGUUGGCGCAGGGCGGGCACGGACGGGGUAACCGGAACAAGCCCGUCGUCGUCGACCUCGGAUGCGUCAAGUGCAUCUUUGGCCGCCGUGGACGUCGCGGUGAUGGUGGUGCUGACGACGACGAGGAGAGCCAUGGUGGGAUGCGCGGGUGGUUCGACGGCGAUGACAAGAAGAAGAGGAAGGCUUUGGGAUGGCUGUAUACUGCUUUAGAUAUUACAUUUGCGGCAAUUUCUUUCACGUCUGGUGUGAUUGCCGCUGGUGAACCGUACUGCUGGCGUUACGAGGACCACGUUGGCAUUGCGGUUGUUGCCAUCAUUGUUGGUGUGCUUGAGGCUGUCAUCGCAAUCGCCCAGCAGUUCUCCAUCUUGAGGCGUGCCAAGGUUCAGGUCCUGUGGGACGAGGACGACGAGGACGAUCAAGGCUCGCACAAGUACCGCAUCCGACUUCCCCAAGCUCCGGAGCAGAGGCACGCCCCCAUGUCUGUCUCUGCCGAGUAA